GCUGUUUGAACAAGUGGUUCUCAAUCUCGAUCUCAAGCUUGCCAAGAAAUAUUACGAAGUAUAUCAUCCUGAAUAUAAUGUGAAACGCCCGUUCAUGUCCGCCAGCGAUCCGGUGGCGGUUGACAUGGUACAGCAGCAAUGGAAUGCUCACGAGCUUCUGCUGGAAAUCAUGGUAGGAGACAGAUCAAUCUGGAGGAUCGCCAACAUAAUAAUAUGAUGAACUCAGAAAAUGGCCAAAAAUUGUGGUGCGGUCUUUGAUAACCUGCUAUACGUACAACGAUCCUCAGAAAAUCAGCAGCUAUUUGAUACCGGCGAUGGAAGUCAACGACAAGAUCGAUCGAUGGCUGUGACGAAUCCAUCGUUUCCGUUGUCAUAUAAAGGCAUUGCCUGUCUGUUAUCGGCUUCCAUUUACGAUCGAUUUGUGAUAGGGCAGGUCCAGGGAAGUGAAUGCAUCAAUAUUUAUUCAAUCAUGCUGCAGCCUACAUGGAUUAUCAGAGAAUGUGCGGGUAUACUGGCCAGCCUUUUUGCAAAUGCAAACCAUACAGCAAGUAUUGAUAAAGGGCUACUGGCUUUCUUAUUCUUGUCGGAUCAGGUACACACAAAGGUCACACUGGAUAUGCUUGAAAAAAUGAUUCCUGGCCCCGUUGGUGAUGAAUGGGAAAUGCCAGCUUUGAAAGGAUUUCAGUUGGUAGCUAUGGCAGCUCCUCUUUCGCCAGACCAGGAUAUUCGAUUCUUGAUCUACAAGUUGAUUGACCGCUUCCUGGAUCUAUGCUCCGAUGAUGCACGGCUACUUGUUCUACUGGAAUUAAUCGAUCGUUGCCCCAUGCCUACCAUGAAAGCUUCGGCUAUUGGUUUACUAAAAGAUCAAGUAGAUAAAGCAUUCAAAGCUAGUGGUGACGAGCCGUCAUGUUUUAGUAGCCGGAUCGUGGUUGACAAAUUCUUUCCCAUCUUAUAUCGUGUGGAGAAGAAAUGGUCAGAAAAAGAUGAGCAUUUUUGGGAUGAUUUCACUUUUAUCAUGCAAGCGGCCAAUUUUUAUCUCUAUCUCUUAAUACGUGAUCGGAGUAAUCAGACACAUGUUCGAGAUACUGAGCAAUCGGAUUGGAUGCAAGAGAAAUAUGUGGCACCGCUCAAAGGAUUCAUUUCACGCUUGCGGGAAAAGUAUGAAAAGGAAAAUGCGUUGACUAAAGAAGAGUCGUUGGACAUAAAAAUAAUGCAACUGAAUAUGUUGACAUUGGUCAUUGACAGAAUAUCACAAGAGAUUUCAAAAAACUAAUUGGAAAGAUCAUAAUGCAAGCGUGGUACGAUCAGCGCCUUUCUCUUGUAACCAAGAGAUCAGAGUUGAACUUGUAUUCAUGCUCAUUGGUGUGAUCA